GGCUUGCUCCUUUUUCCUCUUGGGCCGGCUGAAGGCAAGAUGGGUCACCAGCAGCUCUACUGGAGUCACCUUCAGAAGUUCAGCCAGGGCUCUCAAUCUUGCCAAGUCUGCUCUAACUGCCACGGUCUGAUACAAAAAUAUGGGCUGAACCUGUGCCGUCAGUAUGCAAAGGACAUAGGCCUCAUUAAGUUGGACUAAGCAACUUUGAAUAGAUUAUUCAAGACUGUCUACCCAGUGAAACAGAUCAUGCUAGUCUUUGUACAUAAA